AUGGAGUUCUACAAGCAGCGCAAAUUCAACUGCCAGAUUACCGGCCACUCCGGUUUGACUUUCUUCGAGGCCAUCGAGAGCGAGCGUGCCGGUGCUGCUGAAGUUGAUCAAGCUUUCCCCGAAGCCCUCAAGGGCCCAGUCUUGCGCCGUGUCCAGUUCCAAACCGUUUCCCGCAUCGACUCGUUAGUCGACCAGAUCUACGACGAGUUCAAAACCGACUACCACCCAGGCGAAGCCGUCACCGUCAUAAUGUCCGACGCCGAGCGCCGGCAUGGCAUUGUGCGCGACAAGACCCGCUACGGCAGCAAAGUGCUUCCCGACGGUACCCUCACGCCCCCGUACACGAGGUAUAUUGUUGGCCUCGAUGGCCGUCGUGGCGACGAAGCUGUUCUCGAGGAAUCGAACAUUUACCGCGACCGGAAAGUCUUCACCAAGUCGGUUCUCCGAUCAUUCAUCAAGAAGACCGUCUCGCGGGAGGCGUGGAAUGGCGCCCCGUGGCUGGUAAAGAGCGAUGUUGCAGAGCAGUACCAUAUCGACACGCGCGUUCCCUCCAACCUUCUUUACAACACCAAGAUCAUGGAGAGGAAGCAACUGCAGGCGCAAAAGCGCCAAUCCCAGAACCACAGCGAUUUCAGCACCCUCUUAAACAGCAGCCCGAGCAGCCCAGACGCCGGUGGUGGAUUGCGGCUGCCAGAGCUGAAGCCGGUGAAAAGCCACAAGGCUAAGCACAUUCAGCUCGCUCAGCAGCAGCGCCAGCAGUUGAGCCAGGAGAAAAAUCAGCUCAAGAUCAAUGGUCACAACGUCACGCAAGCUCCCGUUCAGCCGCCGCCGCCGCCGCCUCCUCCCCGUUACCCGAUCGAAGACCUCCAGCUCGAGCCGAGCAGAUCGACGCGCCCUGCCCUCCGGUUCCUAUGCAACGACCCGCCUAUCCAAGCGGACCAGAAGGGCCAGAAAGCGCGACUACCUGCCUCCGAAAAGAUCUUGAUGAAAACGGUUGGUCCUCUGCUGGAAACGUGGGAUACGCUCAACGUGUACUGCGAGAUCUUCAAGCUCGACUCGUUUACCUUUGACGAUUUUAUCGAAACGUUGCUUUCGGCGUCCGACGACGAACCCGUGCAGCUCUUUGACGAAAUCCACUGCUCUGUUCUCAAGACGCUUGUCCAUUCCGAAGCCGACGGCGGCGCCGUUCAGAUCCACCUCCCAGAUGUCGAGGGCGAAGAUGACGAAGAGGACGAGGAGGGCGAGGAAGAAGAGGAAGAGGAAGAGGAGCCCGAACCUGAACCUGCGCCGCGGGCCACUAGAGCGACCCGCAGCAGUCUCGCAAAGGUCGAAGCGGAACGGCUAGCGGCUGAGGCUGCCGCAGCCGAAAAAGAAGCAGAAGAGGAGGAAGCUGCCGCCGUCCACAGUGCCGAAGCGGCCCUCGAAGACUACGACUGGAUCGAUGAACUCCGCAAGCGGAACUUCAAGGAGGGUGGCUGGCAGCUGAUCCUCGUCGGCCUAUUGUACCAGCUCUCCAAGGACGAGCGCCGCCAGGCCGUUUGCGAGGAGCUGCUGGCCCAGAUUGUGCCGCCCAACGUCGAGGCCACAAAGGAGACGGUGCGGGAGCACUACUCCGCGCUCGACAUCAACUACCGCGUCCAGGUGCUCCAGAUCAUCUGCAUGCUCACCAUGGAGACCAAGGCCGUCCGCGGCUACAUGGAGGACUGCAGCGAGCAAAUGACCAAGUACCGCAAGGAGAAGAUCGAGUGGCAACGGUCGCGGAAGCAAGCCGUCGAGGAUCUCAAGGUACUCAACGAGCAGCGCAAAAUUCUCCUCCCGGACAACAUGCCGCCGUCUCCGCCCCAAGAGGCGACAAAACUUGACGACGAUGUCAAGAUGACCGAUGCGGAAGAUCUCUCUCAUGCCGGCGACGACGACUCCGACGACUCUGGUGCUCCCCCAGUCACCGCCCGCGGGCGUAGCCUGCGCAGAGCCGACGACCGCGCUGCAGAGCGCAAGCGCAAGAUCGAGGAGGAGAUUGAACGGAAGAAGGAAGCCGAGGCUGCGGCCAAGAUGCCCAAGCAGUCCAAGCAGUUCAUCAAGCUCUUGCGCGACAUUGAGAAGAAAGAAGAGGAGAUCAAGGAGUGCGAAGACGAGAUUGCGACUCUCGAUAACGACCUGCGCGAAGCCGACUGCCCGCGCACGCGCGUCCUGGGCAAGGACCGGUUCUGGAACCGGUACUACUGGUUCGAACGCAACGGCAUGCCGUACGGUGGUCUCCCCACCAGCUCGACGGCCGAGGCCGGCUACGCCAACGGCUGCAUCUGGGUGCAGGGCCCGGACGAGCUCGAGCGGGAGGGCUAUAUUGACAUGCCCGAGCAGUACCAAAAGGAGUACAAGGCCAAGUUCAACAUGACGGUGCCGGAACGCAAGAAGCUCGAAGAGGGCGCAACCAGCAUCUCCAACGCCACCCAGUGGGGCUACUUUUCGGAGCCCAAGGAGCUCGACGACCUCAUCAACUGGCUGGACUCGCGCGGGUUCAACGAAAUGAAGCUACGUAAAGAGCUGGUUUCAUUCCGCGAAAAGAUUGCGACACACAUGCAGAACCGCAAGAAGUACCUGUCGCUGCCAGACGAAGAGGAAGCCAGCGACGACAAGGAGAAGGAGACGGGGGAAGAAGACAAGGACAAGGAGAUGACCGUCGAGCACCCCGUGACCAACGGCACGUCCAAGGGCACAUCCAAGCGCAAGAGCACACGCGCCGUCAAGGCGGCACCUACUCCCGAUCCGACCCCAACGAUCCUGCGCUGCACGCAGUGGACAAACGGCAUGGCCCUCGAAGACCUCGGCCACCUCCACAGCGAGCCGCCACCGCCGGCUCGCUCGCGCAAGCAGAGCCGGAAGAAGGAGGCGGCGCCCGAAGAGGAGCCCCCGCGCAAGAAGACGCGCCAGGGCACGACGCGCCGGUAG